AUCAAGAAACUGUGCAAAUUAUUGAAGGGGGCUAUAUUGACAUAUUAUGUGACAGUACUGGGUACCAGGGAGAUCAGAUUUACUGGGAAAGUGAUAAUAGAUUAUUUCAUGUUGACGGGAACCAGCUGUCUUUAAAAGCAAUCACACGGAACCAGUCUGGAUCAUACGGAUGUUAUUCACUGACUGGGGAACGUUCUGAUGUUAUAGAAAAGAUUUUUCUUGAUGUUCUUUAUCCUGCAAAGAUAUUAACCUGGGAUUCCCCAUACAGCAGACUGGUUCAGAAUGACAGUUAUAACAUGGUGGUUUACAUACAAGGGAAUCCCCCGCCUGACCAAAUACUUCUCAUAUCAAAUCAAACAGAAAAAGUCUUGUUCCGAGAUAAAGGCGAUGGAAGAAGAAAUAUAACACUGAAGUCAGUGCAAUGUGGGGAUAGUGGAACGUAUCAUCUAUACGCUGUAAAUGACCUCGACACGGACGUGUUCACUAAGGACAUAACAGUGUACUGUGUACCAUACCUUGAUCCGGACAAGACAACACAGUUUGAAAUGAGGCCCCGCCUAGGGGAGACAAUAUACCUGGAAAUGCACUCCGCUGGCUUUCCACAGCCUAACUUCACAUGGUCGUUUGAGGGCGCUCCAUUAAAGCAUACUGACGACGGUUACACAAGUACGGUUCAGCUGGACAAUGUCCACGUACAUGACUUCGGGGAAUAUCAGUUGGAUAUGGAAAAUUCAGUUGGAAAAACAACUUACUUCUUCCACGUGAUUCCGUCAGGUCCACCUGAACCUCCAAGUGACUUGACGUUCAUUGAUUCAACCACAUAUAGUGCAACAUUGAGCUGGGCACCAGGCUACGAUUACAAUAGCACGCAAACGUUCGUAAUUGUGGAUUCCAAAUUUAAUGUUUUAUACGAAUUCACAGAAGAUACAAAUAAUGUUGGAAACAUAACAACAAAAACAGUUGACCGUCUUACACCUAAUCAUCUUUAUAACGUCACAAUAUUUGCCAGAAACAAAAACGGUACAUCUCGAGAUCUAAAUGCCGUCAGUUUCUACACUCAAGAGAGCUCGGUCCCAUUAGGCGUUAUUUUAGGUGUAGUUUCGUCGUCUGUUGUAAUCGUUGUGCUGUACAGUUUGGCUAUUAAAUACUGCUCCAAGAAAAAGG